CUAAUUAUGAAGGUCAGUGGAAAUAUCAAAUUCCUGCUUAUGGUUGCUUAAUUUAAACGUUUUUAGAUACACUCUAAUCGCUUUAACUCUUCUACUUAUUACAAACUCAUCCAUGGCUUGGAAGUCGAGCGGUAGCACACAUACAGAACUUAUAAAUAAUCUAUUCAGAAAUCGAGUAAUUUCAUCUGAGAUUGUCAAGAAUACUAUGCUUUCCGUGGAUCGUGGGUACUUUGCCAGAUCGAAUUCUUAUGAAGACCGACCAUCCUCUAUCGGCUACGCCGCGACUAUCAGUGCUCCUCAUAUGCAUGCUUAUGCUCUGGAAGCAUUAAGAGAUCAUCUUAAACCUGGUGCACAUGCUUUAGAUGUUGGAUCAGGUAGUGGAUAUUUAACGGCGUGUAUGGCUCUUAUGGUAGGCCCUACAGGUGUUGCUGUAGGCAUAGAACAUAUUGAUGAGUUGACUAAAUUUUCUCUAUCAAAUGUUGAAAAUUGGUUUAAUCAUAGCCAAAAUGCUCGAUUAUCUGGAAUUGAAUUAGGAAAACAACUUAAACUUGUUACUGGUGAUGGUCGUGAAGGAUGGCCGUCAGAUGCACCUUAUGAUGCAAUUCACGUAGGUGCAGCGGCUCCAGUUAUUCCUAAUGCACUAAAAGAACAAUUGAAAAUUGGUGGUCGUUUAAUUUGUCCUGAAGGACCAGAAGGUGGAAAUCAAGCAUUAGUUCAAAUUGAUCGUUUGCAAGAUGGUUCCUUUCAAAGAAAAUCUUUAAUGGGUGUGAUUUAUGUUCCGUUAACCGAUAAAGAUCGACAAGUUGGGCCAAGGAGGUGGCAUUAAAUCUCACCAUUUUUCUUAACUACUGUUAUUAAUGUGUUUUGUUUUUUUCGCUCACAGAAAUCAACCAAUUAUCAUUUCAUCACCAACACAAUCAUCACCCAUGCAUAUUUCUUACCAUAAACUGUUUACUGUAUUCUUAUGUUACAUGAAUGUGAUUUCAUUGAUACGGAGCAUUAAUUAGUAAUUGACAGCUUCAAUACUGAACAUUAUUUGUUGUUUCUGUGUUAAAAUGUGAAAACCUAUUCUACUUUUUCUAGGGGGGAGGUGUGAGAAACUAAACUAGCAAAUCGUUCUUACUCAAUGUGCUUCUAUACUAGUUAUUAUACCUCACCAUGAUUUCGGUCUGCAUUUAAAUCAUGUUUUCAUUCAUAAAAUGAUUAUAUUACUAUCACUUCGAUUUAUAUUGUUUUCAUGUUCUAUCGGGGUUACCGCCUCCGUCUUCAUCUUACUUUUUUGUCUAAUGGCUAGUUAUUACUACUACUAAUCAUCAUCUAGUAAUUGAUUAAGUAUUUUUUUACUGAAGAGAACCCAUCAUAGAGACAUAAAAUGACUUAUUUAUAUAUACAUUUACCUCAUUUUGACAUUUUAUAAUGACAUAAAUUAUUUAUUUUAACCUGUCGCAUUAAUGAUGUUUUAUUUGUCUUUUCCGUAUUCUCUUCAUCGCUUCCAAGUCCAUCAUGAAAAUGUAUGUGUGUGCAUGUGCGUUUUUGGAGGUUCGACCCAUGCUUUAUUGUACGCAUUGUAACCAAGAAAAAUAGUUGAUAUGUCGUCUUUAGUUUUCUAUUUUUAUGUUUAAUUAUGCCCGUUUUGUUAGACUCAUAAUUACAAGUUAUAGUGAUACAGUAGCGUUGUUUUCCACAAAUGAGCAAUAGUAGCAUAGUAGUUUAACUAACUGGCCUUCUAACAAAUUUUUUACCAGUUUGAAUCCCCGCCCAAACCAGCUUUGGUUUAAACCUCCGAUCAUUGAUAUUAUUAUUAGCACUCCUUUCACAAUAAAAUGUCCAACUUAACUCUGAAUACACAAAUCUCUUGUUACUGAGUUGCAUUCUACCGAGUUAUAAGCUGAAAUAAUCUGUUUUUCUACAAAAAGCUGGAUUUUCGCCUAACUAACAGAUGGUAUUGUAAAAAAUACGGUCUACAAUAAUUUACUAUUAUUAUUUAAACACAAAUAUUAGUACAAGGAGGCACCAAAUAUAUAUGCGCCACACCUCGUCAUUCGGUUUGUUUGAGGGCUGGAAUACUGCCAGGGAGUCACUCCCCGAACCUUUAAUCUAGAGGUCUAAUCUACAAGGUAGUGGGACAACGUUAAGAUAUUCAGUCCCAUGGUAUCCGGUGACCAACAAUAAGUUUAUAUGCCAUUUGUUCUUUCAGGAUCCUGGAGCCCAUGUGCAUGAUUGGUUUGGAAUCAGGGUUUUCCAACUCCCCUAGGUGAAUCCUCCGUAUCUACCAACCCGUUUAAUCACGUUAACUCGUAUGUGGUCAAUUUCCAAACUACUAAGCUUUCAGCAAGGAUAAAGCUUACAUCUUAUGUUAAGCGCUUACCUUUUACACGAUUGCCAUUUUGUAUUUCAUUUGUUAGUGUAAAUCAGAUGAGUUUGAGUGUUGGAUUCAGUAAAUAAGAUUGUUGACUCGAAUUUAAAUGCAAUCGUAGGUCUACUUAACUCAUUUACCAAGUGGGGACUCGUGUACUUGGCUCUGUCACACUCUAAGUGUAAGGGCUACUGAUACCACCUGACUUCUGAAAUGAAGGUAGAUAGAGCAGGGUUCGGACCUCCGACUUAGUAGUUGAAAUUCAAGCUCCUUAAGCACAGCUUCACAUAAUUUGCGGUUACAAGCCCUAUAAAUCGUCCACUGCCUGUUUAUCAAGAUCGUAAUUUCUUCCUUAAUGAUUACUAUUGACUUCUUUGCGAUCAAUAAACGUCGUUGGUAACACUGUUGGCUACUAUUUACGUUGACCCUUUGGACAGUGAAAUUACGACAAUGCGAACUGAAAAAAAUAUUGUUUUGUCCGGAGCUUACCACAACAGUUUCUUGACUUCAAACAAUAAUCGUGCUGUUUUCAUCCUCCUCGACACGUCCAUAUUGACUAUUUAAUCGGCUAUGAAGUGGAUUGGGUGAGAUAGCUCUUUCAUAACCAGCUUUUUCUGUCUAGAUUCAAUAAACGAACUACUCACUCUCGGGUGUUAUAUACUCUGAGCUAGAUGGCUUAUUUGCAGAAGUAGCGUUCCACCCACACAUGAUGCAAAUCAGGUUAUCUUAUGCGGAAGGACAGAUACUGGACAUAGUUGAGCAGUUACGUUUCCCACUGUCAAAUGAAGAAACAACGCUACCUUAGUUUCACUAGUUAUUGUAAUCUUAGUAAAACAUAAUUCCUUAAAAUAGUUCAAUUCUAUUUGACCACGUACAACCACGCAAGAAUAUACAAUUUAUUUGUUGCAAAAAAUCAACACUUUAACAUACAUAACUACGACAUAACAUACUGAAUACAUAUCAAUUCAAAGUAGAUCUGAUAUUUAGGCUAAAGCUUAUCCAGAUCGAUGUUUUGCUACGACAACACAUUCUGAAAUCCAAGAUAUGUAAUCUGGCUGUUUUGCUUCGUUUUUGUUUGAAUGUUUCUUGCUUAUGCUAUUUAUCUGACCUAUCCAUCCUUUUUUAAUUUAGAUUACAAAGAGACGACUUGUAACAUACAUGAUGAUAGAAUACAACAGUUCAAUUUUAUGGAUGAGAUCUUAAAAGUUGUAAAAAAAAUAAGUUCAAAUAAGUUUGUUCAUAAAAACAUGUGAUCUUUUAUUUUCGAAUGGUAUGUUCAGUUUUUAGGAGAAAAUGGAUAGAUCGUUAUUCUAGAGAUUAUCAUUCAAUCUAAAUGAUUGUACGUUGUUGUUUGUGGUACUAAUCAGACAUGCUCGUUCCUUUAAGGAGACGGAUAUGUUGUGUAACAGCUUAGCCUAAUAUACAAUAAUUGUCUAGAAUGAAUUGAACUACAAUGGUUGAAUGUGAUUAAUCGAUAGGUAAAUAAUCCUGAGACUAAACAUUUUCUGAGAAGGAAUGUAAUCUAAUUAGAGCAUGAACCAAGUUUACAAAUAGAAUGUAUAAAACAGGACAAGAACAUUUCGAUUAUCCCACCAAGCUAUGGUAUCUAAACGCUUAGAGCACUAUGAAAAAAGAAGGGAAAGUGUUCAUUCAGUGGUGGUUCGUUACUUAUCAAAAACAAAAGUGUCAACACUUAAGACUGGUUCUUGAUGAGAUUUGUAUCCACACAAAGAUCAGAAUCUCAAACUUUUGACUACUAAGUUCUUAUGUAAGAUUUCAGACUACUUAAUUGUUUUACGUAGU